AUGCAGGUCCCAGUCACGACAAAGGCCAUGGUCGACUCGACGAGUGACGCAUACUCACACACCGUGCAGUGUGUACAGACUGUUAGUACCUACGGUACCCACCCCGGCCACUUCGUCACCGAAUGCGCCGUGCCGCAACCUUGCUCGUCUUCAAAGUUCCAAGGUUCUGCCGUUUCCAGUCGCGGGCUGGCCGACCACCGCUGGACCCUGGCCUUGGCUUCACUGUUGCGGCUUCAAGUCCCUAGCCUAGCCCUUGACCUAGCUAAGGUUCUGGAUGCAGACAUGCUUGGCAGGUCAGAGAUUCCCACCCGCGCGGCGUUUGCCUGA